AUGCGCUCGCGCGUCCCCCUCCUCCUCCUCCUCGCCCUCGCCGCGUGCGUCGGAUGCCUCCCGUCCCCGCGCGGCGUCAACGCGACGUCGCUCGGGAUCGACCUCGGGUCCGAGACGGUCACCUCCGCGGUCGCCAAGGUGAGCUACGCGCGUCGUCUCGAGUCGAUCGUCCCGGAGCGAUCCGGCCGCCGCGCGUCCCCCGCGCUCGUCGCGUUCGCCGAGCGCGGCGCGCGGCGCGCGCUCGGCGCGGACGCGGAGACGCUCGAGGCGAGCUGCCCCGCGUGCGUGAUCGCGGACCCGAGGGGAUUGCUCGGCGUGCCGAGGAGCGCGGCCGCGGCAUCGCAGGCGGCGCGCGGCGGAUGCGGGCCUAUGGCGACGUCGUCGUGGUGCGGAUGCUUCAAUCACACGCUGCCGCGAUCGAAGCCGGCGACGCGAGGGACCGCGCGCGUCGCGCCGCCGGUAUCGCUGCUCGUCUCGGACACGUCCUCGAGGGCGUUCGACCCGGAAGCGAUCGUCGCGAUGCUCUUCGAGGACGCCGCGCGGAGAGCCGCCGCGGGCGACGGCGGCGGUACAGGCGGCGAGGACUCCGUCGGAUCGAUCGACGGCGUCGCGAUCGCGGUGCCGUCGUGGUUCACGCAGCCGCAGCGCAAAGGCGUGUUGGACGCCGCGCGCGUCGCGGGGCUGUCGCACGCGCGCGUCGUCAGCGAGGCGGCCGCCGUGGGCGUGCAGCUCGCGCGGAGGUACCCGCCGCCGGGGACCGCGGGGUGGGACGCGAAGGCGAAGGAGGAGAGAGAGAACGCCGGCGGCGACGACGACGGCGACGGCGGCGGCGGGAAAAAAAAGCGCUCGCCCGAGCGCGUCGUCGUCGUCGACGUCGGCGCGCGAAACGCGCACGCCUCGCUGAUUAAGAUCUCGUACCCGUACCUCGGGAAGGCCAAGGGCGGAUACAGGACGCGAGUGGAAGUUCUCGACGCGGAGUGGGAGGACGACGGCGGCGUCGGCGGGCGCGCGUUGGACGGCGUCGUCGCGGCGUUGGCGCUGGCGAACGACGAGAACGGCGGAGACGCCGAGAAAACAAAAAAAAUCAAAAAGUUGACGCCGAAACAACACGCGCGGUUGAUGCGCGCGGCGAAGAAGGCGAAGGAAACCCUGAGCGCGAACCGCGACGCGGUCGUCUCCAUCGUGGACUUUCACGACGCGGCGAAGAGCGGCGGCGGCGGCGGCGCUUCCCUCGACCUUCGCGCGGUGAUCACGAGGGACGCGUUCGAAGCCGCGGCGGGCGAUAUAAUCGAACGCGCGGCGGCGCCGCUCCGGCGCCUCCUGAACCGCGCGCGCGCCGACGACGCGAAGAAGAAUAAGAAUAAGAAUAAGAACGCUGCUGCGGCGCGAGUCGUAGACGCGGUGGAGAUCGUCGGCGGCGCCGCGAGGACGCCCGCGAUUCAAGCCGCGCUGAACGCCGUCGCGACCGAAUUCGGCGUCGGCGUCGUCCGCGGCGGCGGCGGCGACGCGCUCGGAAGGCACCUGAACAUGGAGGAGGCGACCGCGAUGGGCGCCGCCGCGGUCGCGCUGAACGCGUCGUACGCGCGGACGAUCGCGGAGGGCGCGGGGGCGAAGAAGAACGCCGCGAAGAACGGGAAGGGAGGGCGGAAAGGAGGGAAAGCGUCGAAAGAGGACGCGUCGUCGUCGUCGUCGUCGUUGUUCGUGAAGGGCUCGAAGGUUGCCGUCGCCGUCGCGACGCAGGCGAUCGCGACCACGCCGCUCCUCGUGGACCACUACGCGCACGCGAUCAAACUGUCGUACACGACCGGCGGGGAGUCGACGACGGAGGCGUCGCCGUACGAGCUGUUCCCCGCGAACGCGAAGCUGCCGCAGAGGAUGAGCGUGGAGGUGCCGGGCGUGGACGAGGACGUCGUCGUGUUCUUGACGGAAGCCGCGAAGCCGCCGCCGCCGUCGGAAAAAAAGAGCAGCGAGGAGGAAAAAAAAGACUCGGCCGAAAAACGUUCGUCGAAGAAAAAUAACAAACCCACCGCGCUUCUCGCCGGCGGCGGGAGCCGGCUGCCCGCGAACGUCGGGUCCACGCGCUCGGGCGUGGACCCGGUGCCGUUCGCGGCGUACCGAAUCGGCGGCGUCGACGCGGCGAUUAAGCUUCUCGUGAAGGAUUUAAGAGCGCAGCGGGAAAAACGCGCGAAACGACGCCGCGCCGCGAAAGCGUCCGGGAAGGGCACCUCGACGGACGCGGACCGCGCGCGCGAGGAAGCGGACGCGCGCCCGCUGCCAAAGUCCGUCGGCGUCGGCCUACACUUUGUCCUCGACCGCAGCGGCAUCCUCGCGCUCGAGCGCGUCACCGUCGGCGGGGACCGCGCGGGACGAUCGAAAACGACGCAACGCGCGAUGGACGCGAAACUGACCAUCGACGACGUCGCGUUUGAUUUUCAAUCGGGCAAGUACAACGACAGAGACGACGACGACGACGACGACGACGACGACGACGACGACGACGACGACGACGAGGGGUACGACGACGACGACGAGGCGUACGAAGGCGACAUCACCGACAGGCGCAUCCCGCGCAGCAUGAAGUACCAGCCGCAGUUCAUGUCCCCCGCGGCGACGAAGCGCAACAAGAAGGUGUUGAAGACGUUGCGAGAGCGUGAGAUGCGGCGCGCGACCGCGGACGCCGCCGCGAGCGACCUCGAGGGCGACCUGCUCUCCGUGAAGGAUGAGGUUGAGGGCGAGCGGAGGCGAAGGCGGAGGAGAAGUCGAACGGCGGCGGGCGGUGUACGUCGCGACGACGACGACGACGACGACGACGACGACGACGACGCGGAUAGCGAAGUGACGAGAGAGCGGAAGAGGCUGGAGAAGCUCGUCGAGGAGUUGGAGGCGUUCGUCGGCGGCGGCGGCGGAGGAGGAGGAGGAGGAGGAGGGGGGCGCCGCGAGCGAAACGCGGGGGAACUGAACGCCGCGCGCGAGCAGUUGGGAAAGCGCGCGGCGACGUACCGAGCCGCGCUCGAUCGCGCGAUCGACGAGGAAGAGAAGGGCGAGGUGGACGACGACGCCGAGACGAAGGAGGGAAAGACGCCGCGCGAUGAGCUGUGA